CUGUCUGGAAAAAAUACGUUCGAUGACACGGCGGUGUUGGCACCGUCAGCAAGCAGUAGUCAGGCAGGCACACACCCCUCAACACCGAUCCAUCGUCAUCAUCGGUUUCUCACGCUGGUAUGUUCUCCAACCGAAAAGGGAACAGUUCACUCGCUACUGUCCCCCCCACAAAGGUUCUAACUUCGAAUCCUCGAUAGCCAUGGCGGGAGCGACAUCCUCGCGGAUUUAGGUGACAUUAUUGGAGAUAAUAAACUACUACAUCGAGACAACAAAGCAUUCCUCUUUUUACAUCGAGUGGAAAGACGGCAUCCGGCAUGAACAGAAGCUCCGGGGACGGGGACACCGGUCGGAACAACGCACAUCGUUUCUGGCCUCCCCUUCCCGAGAGCUCCAUGGAGAAGAUGAAGCGGUUUAGAAGGAGGCUGUCCCAGACUCUGAGAGGGAGUCAGACCAUCGAUGAGUCUCUGUCUGAGCUGGCUGAACAGAUUACUAUAGAGGAGAACGGCACCAAAGACAGCGAGCCCAUGGUGAGGAACGGUCAUGGUCGCCCCCCCUCAGCCCACAGUGUUAACUCCUUCCUGCACCAGUACACUGGUCCCUUUAAGAAGCCCCCGCUACGGAGACCUCAGAGUGUCAUAGGAGGAGGAGGAGGGCUAGGGUCUCUCAUGGCCAUGCCCCGCAACGGCAGCCGCCUCGACAUUGUCCAUGAGAACAUGAAGAUGAGUUCUGAUGGAGAGAGCGACCAGGCGUCAGGGACGAGCUCAGACGAGGUGCAGUCUCCCACAGGGGUGUGUCUAAGGAACAGGGGCAACCGGCGCAUUUCCGCAGAGGAUCUGAACAAGCGUCUGUCCCUGCCUGCCGACAUCCGUAUCCCAGACGGUUACCUGGAGAAACUACAGCUGACGAGCCCCUCCUUUGACCAGCCCCUCAGCCGCCGCUCCCGAAGAGCAUCACUGUCAGAAAUUGGAUUCGGCAAGCUGGAGACCUACAUCAAACUGGACAAAUUAGGAGAGGGGACGUAUGCCACAGUGUUUAAAGGACGGAGUAAACUGACAGACAACCUGGUGGCUCUGAAGGAGAUCAGACUGGAGCACGAGGAGGGAGCACCUUGCACUGCAAUCAGAGAGGUGUCCUUACUGAAGGACCUGAAGCACGCCAACAUAGUGACCCUGCACGACAUCAUCCACACAGACAAGUCCCUGACGCUCGUCUUCGAGUACCUGGACAAGGACCUGAAGCAGUACAUGGACGACUGUGGGAACAUCCUGAGCAUGCAGAACGUCAAGAUAUUCUUGUUCCAGAUCUUGCGAGGGCUGGCGUACUGUCACAAGCGGAAGGUUCUUCACAGAGAUCUGAAGCCUCAGAACCUGCUCAUCAACGACCGAGGAGAACUCAAACUGGCCGACUUCGGUCUGGCCCGGGCCAAGUCAGUCCCCACUAAGACAUAUUCCAACGAGGUGGUGACGCUCUGGUACCGGCCUCCUGACGUUCUACUGGGCUCCUCAGAGUACUCCACACAGAUAGACAUGUGGGGUGUGGGGUGUAUCUUCUACGAGAUGUCUGCCGGGAGGCCUCUGUUCCCUGGUUCUACUGUGGAGGAUGAACUGCAUCUCAUCUUUAGACUGCUGGGCACACCCACAGAGGACAGCUGGCCUGGGAUCUCUUCCAUGGACGAGUUCAAGUCCUACAAGUUCCCCAAGUACAAGACACAGCCCCUUAUCAACCAUGCACCCAGGUUGGACACUGAUGGCAUCGACCUCCUGCUUUCAGUUCUAAAAUACGAGUCCAAGAAGCGGAUGUCUGCAGACGAGUCAAUGAGACAGCCCUACUUCAAGAGCCUGGGGACGCACGCAUACACACUGCCAGAGAGCAUAUCCCUAUUUACGCUGAAGGAGGUCCAACUGCAGAGAGAUCCUGGCUAUAGGAACUCUAACUAUCCCGAGUCAGGCAACGGCAGGAACAGAAGGCAGAGCAUGCUCUUCUAGGUUCCUGUUCAACAGCUAACUGUAUAGUCAUACAGUCAGAGAUAGUUCAGUCCCAGAGAUGGAUGUCUACAAGGGCCAGGGGGGUAGGAUAACCCCCCAUCCCUCCUCCCUCUACGUGCCCCCCCCCCUCCAUCUGCCAGGGUCCCCUAUCUACAGUACGGUUUGGCCCCUGGGGUUCUGGCCCAGUGAAACUGGCCCAAUAAAAGAGACAUUUAUACAUUUAUAUUUAUUGGGGAAGAGAGAAUUUGCUGCUAAAAAUCCAACUACUGUCUAGAAGAUUCUAACUGGCUCAGUCACUUUAAAAAACAAAACAUGCAAUGUGUAUAGAUUUUUCAUUAUUUUGAAGUGGUGUUUUAUUCUUUUUGUGGUUUUGUCAUUUAUUCCUAUUAUUUCCACCUCAAAACUCCUCUAAGUGUGUGUGUAAGACAGACAGACAGACCCCGACCGACCCUGACCCGACCGACAUCUUCGCUGUUGCAGUCUGACGUUUUGGAUGUUCUCUUAUCUGUUGACGUGCAUGGUGAUGUAUUCAAACAUCAUCCAUAUUUCUGGACCUUUCAUUUCACAAGAUACUGUUGAGGCCAGUUCAGCCCUGGCCAUAUCCACCUGCGGUCAACCUGAAAUACGGUACCUCCAUUUGGAUAGCAGAUAUGGGAGCAGUGAUUGGCUUGGUGAAAACAGGUUCACAUCGUUGUUAGUGGGUAUAAACAAUGUAGAACUGGAGCUUCCACCGUACUGUGUUUUUAAAAUUGCAGUAAAUACAUCAAUAUGACCUGACAAUCUAACACCCUGCACAACGUGACGACAGUGUACAGUAGGCGACCUGCAUCGCGUAUUUUACCACAACAUGAUGACAACUCUUCUCUCUCUUGCACCAAACUUCCUGUGUCUGUCAUGAAGGGUGUGUGAGCGGAGCUGAAAUCCCACUCUACUGUCCAUCCACUGUCAUCCAUCCAUCCAUCCAUCCAUCCAUCCAUUCAUCCAUCCAUCCAUCCAUCCAUCCAUCCAUCCAUCCAUCCAUUCAUUCAUUCCGACCCUCCUUCAUCCAUCUGUAAAAUGGUUUCCUUAUUUUGGAUUGCUUUCAUCGUAAUUGUGUUGCAUGCAUGCUCUGUACGGGGAAAAGAAGUACACACACAGUCACCGAACUUCUCGGUUGCUUCCGAAGUAGCAUCCUACUCCUUGUAUAGUGCACUUCUUUUGACCAGAGCCUAUGGGCUUCUAGUCAAAGGUAGUUGAGUAUAGGGUGCUAUUUCGGAUGGACCCUUCCAAUUAUAUUCAGGGUGCUCUUAGUACUAGUCCACGGCCCAUAUUUAUGAAGCAUUUCAAGAGUAGGAGGGCUGAUCUCGGAUCAGUUAUACCUUUUAUGAUCAGAAUGAAUAAGACUCUGGGCACUCGGCUCUGCGCGCUCCAGCGGCUCGGAGAAGAGACUAUGAGUAACAUUACAUGGACUGGGAGGACCUGGUCCUAGAUCAGCACUCCUACCCGGAGACGCUUUAUGAAUACAGGCCUAGUUUUUCCCCUAGGUGAAUACAGUACUGAGUUUGCAUAUGGUCUACUUAACAGUGUUACCUGUUACGUUUUUAUGAUACUAUUACAUAAAGUUUAUUUGUGGAUCAUUGUUAUUAUUGGUGUGGCAUGUUGUUGGGAUGCCCGCCUUUUUUUUAUUUGAGCUUGAGUUUUUCUCUCCAGAGAAAAUACAAUUAAACUGAAGAUGAAAAAUA